CCUCCCCGGAUGUUCAGCGUGAAGAUGGCGGAGAGAGAGGAGGGAAGGAUUGAAUGCUGAGACAAGAGUCCCUACCCGGGAAUAAAUACCCACCUUGGGAAAGUUGGGUGGUUCCACUGCUAUUCAUGGAAGAGAGUUCCAAACAUCAACAUCUUGUUAGAUUGAGAGGCAUGUCUAUGUUUGAUGAUUCAGUAAUUGUUGAUUCGGGAGUGCAUCACAGUUAAACCACAGUGCUGCCCUUACCCAAAGUCCAGAUAUCCCGGCUAGAGACUGCUGAAUAUCAGACUAUGUUUGAUGACUGAAAGCCUGCGUAUGCCUGAAAUCAUUAGCUGCUGUCAUCAUUACGCAUGAGAAAAUGUCGGAUUUGGGGAAAGAAUUGGUGGUACAGUGUACCAAUGUUCGAAAAUCACAAACAAGGAAAGUACCAGAACUUCCCAUCUUGGAAAGGCGGAACUGGCUGAUACAUUUACAUUAUAUCAGAAAGGACUAUGAAACCUGCAAGGCAAUAAUCAAAGAACAGCUGCAGGAGACCCAUGGGAUGUGUGAAUAUGCUGUGUAUGUACAAGCUCUGAUAUUUCGUUUGGAAGGAAAAAUUCAAGAGUCUCUUGAGCUCUUUCAGACCUGUGCAAUUCUAAAUCCUCAGAAUGUGGACAACCUGAAACAGGUGGCUCGAUCACUGUUUCUGCUUGGGAAACACAAAGCAGCAAUUGAAGUUUACAGCGAAGCUGCAAAGUUAAAUGAAAAAGAUUGGGAGAUCAGCCACAAUCUUGGUGUCUGCUUCAUGCAUUUGAAGAAUUUUGAGAAGGCUAAGGAAUAUCUGAACUGUGCUUUACAAACCAGCCGUCAUGAUCUGACUUUCAUGGUGCUUGGGAAGCUACACUUAAUGGAAGGAAAUACCCAAAAUGCAGUUGAAACGUAUCGGAAGGCAGUGGAGUUUUCUCCUGAAAAUGCUGAGCUUCUGACUACAUUAGGAUUACUAUACCUGCAGCUUGGAAUGUAUCAGAAAGCCUUUGAACAUCUGGGAAAUGCACUUACCUACAACCCCAAUAAUUACAAGGCCAUCCUGGCUGCAGGCAGUAUGAUGCAGACUCACAGUGACUUUGAUGUUGCCCUGAGUAAGUACAGAAUAGCAGCGCAUGCUGUCCCAGAAAGCCCACCCCUGUGGAACAACAUUGGAAUGUGUUUCUUUGGCAAGAAGAAAUAUGUGGCAGCUAUCAGUUGCUUGAAGCGAGCCAACUACCUGGCUCCCUUUGAUUGGAAAAUUCUCUAUAACCUGGGCUUGGUGCACCUGACAAUGCAGCAAUAUGCAUCAGCAUUCCACUUUCUGAGCGCUGCCAUCAACAUGCAGCCGAGAAUGGGCGAGUUGUACAUGUUGCUGGCUGUGACGUUAACAAACCUGGCAGAUCCUGACAAUGCAAAGAGAGCCUACAACCAAGCAGUGAGUUUGGACCAGUCAAAUCCGCUGGUGAAUUUAAAUUAUUCCAUUUUACUGUACAAUCAAGGGGACAAAAAGGGAGCCCUUCAUCAAUAUCAAGAAAUGGAGAAGAGGGUCAAUAAACUGAAAGCCAGUAGUAACAUGCCGGAAUUUGAUCCAGAGCUGGUAGACAUGGCUCAGAAGAUUGGAGCUGCUCUUCAGGUUGGGGAGAAUCUGGUCUGGACCAAACCAGCAAAGGAUUCUAAAUCAAGAGAACAUCCAGCAUCAUCCUGUAAAUCUACCACCAACCAACAACCCCUUGGCUCCAACCAGGCUCUCGGCCAGGCUAUGUCAUCAGCUGCAGGUUAUAGCAAAACAAUGCAGCUCUCUGCAGGUGGAUGUUCGAUCCGAAAACAGAAACUUCCAUCGUUACCCUUGGAACCAGAGUCAGCUGCAGAUUCGGGCACUGACGACCUGAGUAAAAAGUGAGAGCUGAGAUAGACAGACCAGGCUUAGAUCAUUGCUGGCCAAAUCCCUAAAGUUACUAAAGUCAAUAAAAUACCCAUUGCCACUCUUAAACCCAGCUGUCUGAUGGACGCAGUCUGUGAGGUUAUUGGAAAGAACUGCCUGCUACAGUCUCUCAAUAUCCAGACCAUCCACAGGGUUGGUUUUUAAAACAAGAACACCUGCUUUAUCAAAUCCUGUAUGACAUGUAUUUUUUAUUAAGAAACAUUGGUUCCAGUUGGGACAACCCAUGAGAACCUUUUGUAGAUGGACCAAGCUGGAACAGAAACCAUGAGUUUGGUCUGACUGGGGAAGGGUUGCCUAGGCUGUUGUCCUGAACUCUCAGAACCCCUAAACCCAAUCUUUGUUGUACCUGUCUGCCUCUUCAGUUACUGUUUUAACAAAGAGAAGCUGUCUGUGUAAUAUUCAGAUUGUUCAUGUGAAUUUAAGGUUCUUCCUCUAAUAGAAAACCCUCCAGGUACAGAAUAUUGCAGGGUUUGAUAAAAGCAAACUAUAUUGCUAGUUUCUGGAGUUUUCCUCAUUGGCUGCAAACAUACUGUAAAUACAAGGGCUUAUUGUAGUGUGACUAACAGAGGAAUUCAGACUGUUAGUGCUGAGUUAUCUGAUCUCAGCGAGGAUUGGUGCAGGAUUCUGCAUUUUGUUCCGUUUCAAGAGGGAAUGGACAAAGCGGUUUGGCUGUGUAGUAUUCACUGGAAAUGACAUCAUUUGCAGAAAAAUGUGUGGACAUUUGCUAUUUGGGCUCACACUAGAUGGAUGACUACUGGACAAGUAUUAAGAGUGUCACCCUGUAAAGGAGCUGCAAGGAGGAAUUGGGAGUAGAGAAUACCUGAGGGCAGGUAAAGUGAGGAAGCAAUAUGAUCAAGAAGGCACUGUAGCUUUUCUCUUUCAGAUAUUUAAUACUUCCAGAGAGAGAGUUUUUCUGAUACUUUUGCCCUUGCACUCAUCAAGACUAUUCAGUACAAAUACCAAAGUAAAGGGAAAGCAGUAUUUAUGUUGUAUUAUAGUGGAAUAGUGAUUGGCUGACAAGUAGACUGUGGUUGAUAAAGGUGUUGCCAUACAGAACACACCAGUUAAUAAUGCUGACAGUGAACUGUCAAACUUUGUUUACGUUUUAAACCAGACAGAUUGACGCUGGUCAGCAUUGCUCUGAGAAAUGAACCAGAGAACGAGUGUCACCUAUAUUGUUGAGGCGAAACAGGUGCAGUGUAUACGUUCUUUAUGCUUGCAAAGAUCAGGGCCCUGUGUAUUAAUGUACGUAGCUCUCAAUAUCUGCCAGUGUACCACAUUGAAGGCCUGACUGACAUUCUUAAAUUGGUUAUCGAGCAAAUUCUUUGCACAAUCAAUUAUUUAGCAAUUGUUGUCAGAUUUGCAGAAUUGUAUAUAACGUUGAAUGCUAAGAAUGUUGCUAGUGCAUGUUGGUUGGGUAAAGUCCAAGUCAUGAUUAACUGGUGUAGAUAAUUUCUAAUAUGGACAGGAGAUGGCCUAGUGGUAUUAUUGCUGGACUGUUAAUCCAGAGAUCUAGACGAUGUUCUGGGGACCCAGGUUCAAAUCCUGCCACAGCAAAUGGUGGAAUUUGCAUUCAUAAAAAUAUCCGGAAUUAAGAAUCUAAUGAUGACUAUGAAUCCAUUGUCGAUUGUUGGAAAAACCCAUCUGGUUCAGUAAUGUCCUACCAUCCUGGUCAGGCUUGCAUCCAGACCCACCACAAUGUGGUUGACUCUUAACUGCCCUCUGGGCACUAAAUGUUGCCUGGCCACUGACAUCCUUAACCCGUGAAUGAAUUUAAAAAAACUAACCUGUUCAGAAAUUGCAUUACAUAUUUCUCAGGUAGGUGCGACUUUAAUCUGGACCUCUUGGCUCAGAAGGAAGGAAAUUUACCACUGCACCAUUAGAGCCUUUCGUUAGCUGGUAUAUUCUCCACAACAAUAUCUCUAUCAAGCAGGACUGUGAACAAUCAUCACACUCGCCUUUCACAGAAUGAUUUUUUUUCCCUUGGAUGUGAAUUGUCUUGUCAAAUGUAAGCUGAGAAGCUUUGGCAAAACAUAUUUUCAGCAAGACUCAAGUUCUGUACUACCAAUGAACUAUUUAAAAUUUUGGUUGACUCGCUGUGUAGUUGUUUAGCAUAGUCACACAUUUCGUAGACAAGUUCAUCGAAUAUAGCAGAGGCAGAAAGUUCUGAUGUUUAUGAAACCAUAAAACACCUCCAUAAACUGAAGUACAUUUGUACAAAGACUGCGUUCACUCACAGAUACAAGUUUCCAUUGCCUGCACAGAGUUUAGUAUUGUAUGGACUGUGGAUAUAGGAUCAGUUAUGGCACAAUGUAUAAUGUGAUCGUUUCCAUUGUAUUUGUAAAAACUUUAAUUUUCACUACAAUAGAAGUGAUUUUAGGGAAAGUUGUCAUUCUUUCUAGGCAGCUGUGCAAAGGUGACAUGUACUUUAAGUAGAAUUAGACAGUGCUACAGUAGAAGGCUGUUUGGCCAAGUUUGUGAAAGAGAUGCCACUUGCUUUGUACUGUAACCUUUUAUCUAUUUUCCCUUAGAAACUAUUAUGAAUCAUGUGUACUUGAGAACCAGCUGUACUGGGAGAAAAAUACCUAACAUCCACUUCACUCUCUUCGUUUAUUUGAAUCGUUUGCAAUAAAUCACGAAGUAACUUUUUCCAAAUGACUUAUCCAAACUAUCUCUUACACUUCUGUAAGAUUUCUCCUAAACAUAUUGAAACAACCACCAGAUUUACAAACCUCAUUCAUGUCCUCUGCAUCUUAGGUUGUCCAACAAUCUUCUGCUAAAAUUCAAACUUGCCAUACUGGUUUGAGAUAUCAUUUAUAAUUUUAUUUUUGUGAAGUGUGCUGGGUAGAAAAAGUUUUGAGGCCCUGUCUGAUCAUUUGUAAUCUAAUGUUUUAUAAUGUCAGACAAUUUGUUUUCAAAGAAUGAAAUGAUUACUAGACAUUUCUGAAAUGUUAUAAUGUAAUAUAUUUCUUCAUAAAGCUUGACUAAAAUCAAAAAUAUUAGCUAGUUAUUUUUCUCCAAUUGUUCUCCAUCAGAUUAUUGCAUUCUGACCGUCUACUGCAAAUUGCCUGAUCACCUGAACAACAGGCCUUGCACAGCGCAAAUGAAUCUUUUAACAGCCUUUUGAGCAACAAAUUUAUAGGGUGGCUACAAAGAAUGUUACACAAUCAACAAUCUAUUUCUUUUCAUGUUACACGUUCCCCUCACUCUGAGAAAACAUUAAUCUCUAAGAACAGCUUCACUGUAGAGGUUGUGA